AGGGCAACACAUUUGCAAGUCCCGGUAAUCACAUAGUCUAAGAUUGGAGAACUAUAAAAGCCAAAAGACCAAAGCAAAAGAAUUAGUCUUCACUGAAAGAGGAGGACUCUCCUUACCUUAAGGCUUCUAGGAGCUUUACUAAACCCAUCAUGGGGGGUACCAAACUCUGCCUUUUGCUGUUGCUGGGCACCUACACGCUAGCCCAGCAAGAUGUGGGAAGUGUUGAGGAACAAUCUCCAGUUUGUAACUUGGCCAAAAGAUUCAAGAACUUCAGGCGGUUUGUGUACGACUAUGAAGCUGAGACCUUCAACGGUGUGAAUGGAGCAACUGACGAUAAGAGCGGCCCCAAAGUCUCCUGCAAAGUUGAGGUUGAUGUGCCCCAGACCUGUAGCUUCAUCCUGCGCACAACAGAGUGCUCUCUGAGUGAGAUCUUUGGUGUUGAUGGAGAGGGCAACCCAAUGUAUCGUCCUGCUGCUGGAAAUAAGGCUUUCAAAGUUGCCAUGGCCAAGAACCCCUUGAAGAUCACAGUUGACAGACAGACUGAUGUUAAACUCUACCCUGAGGAUAAUGAGCCUGUCAACAUCCUGAACGUCAAGAGGGGAAUUGUUUCUGCUCUCAUCGUGCCAGCAAUGGAGGAGGAGAGGAACAAAGAAAUGCCCACCGUGCACGGAGUCUGCUCCACCGACUUCACCGUCAACUCUGCCAAUGAUGUGACACUCACCAGGGAUCUUUCCAAAUGUGACUCGUUCAUUGCCCGCAGGCAGGACACCAGCCAACUCGCCCUCAUCUCUGGCGCGAACUACCCUCUAUCCAAGAUGAUUAGCAGCACCCAGACCUGCAACUACAAGUUUGACAACCAGAAGAAGCACAUGACCAGUGGUACCUGCACAGAGAAACACCUCUUCCUGCCCCUCUCCCACCAGAAUGAAUAUGGCAUUUCUGCUAUGGUGAAGCAGACUUUGACUCUGAGGGAAAAUGCCAAGAUCAAUGACAGAAUCUUUGAGCGCAAUGAGAACAACCUCAGGUACUUGCCCAUGGACGUUGCUGACGAAAAGUCCCCUGUGCAGUCCAAGGACGCUGCCAUUGCCACAAUGCAGCAGCUGAACACCCUGUCCCAGACCACUCAGGGAGAAGAGCGUGCCAGCCUCUUCCGCAAACUGGUGUCUGAGCUCCGUGGCCUGAAGGCUGACAUCCUGGGCACUGCUGCUACUGAGAUGAUGGACAUGUCUAGCUCUCUGACAUGGCAAGCUCUGGCUCAGUGUGGUACUCCCGAGUGCACCAGCGCAAUUCUGAAGGUUCUCAGGACCUUUGACGAAAGUGCUCUCGAGGUUGAUGCCACUGUCUACGCCCUGGGUAUGCUGCCUAAUCCCUCCCGCCUCAUGGUGAAGGACAUGCUGGCAAUGGCUCAGUACAAGCAGAGCAAACCCAUCAUGUAUGCCCUGAGCAAUGCAGUCAGGAAACUGUACCAGAGUGAGGGAGUCACCCCCGAGAUCACUGCUGUCUCUGAGUUUAUUGCUUCUCUUCUGGGCACAGACUGUGCUGGGGAGAAAGAGCUGACCUUCCUGACCUUGAGGGUUGUUGGUAACAUGGGGGAUGCAAUGGAAGCUGCUGACCCUGCCAUAAAGAACACCCUGCUGAAGUGCAUGAGACAGCCUGCAACCACACUGUCUGUGCAGCUGGCUGCCAUCCAGGCUUUCAGACGCAUGCCUGUGACAGAUGAGGUUCGCUCUAACCUCCAGAGGGUCUGCCAGUAUCCCAAGGGUGCCUUGCAGAAGCGCCUGGCAGCUUAUCUGAUUCUGAUGAGGAAUCCCCUGGACAGUGACAUUGAGAUAGUGAAGAAGCUGCUCAAGCAGGAGCAGAACAUGCAGGUCAAGGCCUUUGUGACCUCCCACAUCUACAACAUCAUUUCCUCCACUGAUUCAGAGACCCAGAAGCUUGGUAGGAAGAUCGUGGAUGCCCUGCAGGACACCGAUGUCGCUACACACGAUGACUACACUACAAAGUCUCGCAACUACAAGCUGGGUGUGGCACAUGACAGCAUGCAGGCUGCCAUUCAGGGCAACAUUAUCUUUGAUCCCAGUAGCCAGCUGCCCAGAGAGGUCUUGCUGGAAACUACCCUGAAAGCUUUUGGUUUCAGCAUGGACAUUUGGGAGAUUGGCAUGGAAGGAAAAGGCUUUGAGCCAACCAUUGAUGCUUUGUUUGGAAAGAACGGGUUCUUCCCUGACACUGUGUCCAAGGCUCUUUACUGGGCUGAAGACAAGAUGCCACCAAAGAUGAGAGAAGUUCUUGAGAAAUGGGUGGCUCCCCUGAAAUCAGAAGGACAUAAGGUUCCCGAAAACCUUAUGAGAGAAAUUGUUCGCAACUUCAACAAGCUGGUAAAAGAUCUGCAGAGUCAAGAGUCUCCAGAGGCCAUGGCCUACCUGAGGAUCAUGGGAGCUGAGCUUGGCUACAUCAAGGUCAACGAGCUGAAGUCUAUUGCUGAUAACGCACUGAUGUAUGCAGAGAUUUUCAUGAAGCUCAUUCCUACUGAGGUCGUGGCUAAACUUAUGUCCGGCACUGACAAUGAGAUCUUUGCCCAUUACAUCUUCAUGGACAACAAAUUCAUCAUGUCAACAGCAUCUGGCUUGCCUCUGACAUUUGCUCUGUCCGGCACCUUCACUCCUGGAGCAAAGGGAGGCCUUAACAUUGCUCCAAACAUGAAGGAGCUGUUGUUCAUGCCCUCUGUUGGAGUUGAGUUUGUGACUCAGAUGGGAAUCCAUGUCCCUGAAUUUGUUGUGUCCACUGUUGAGAUGCACACCAACAUGUACCAUGAGAGCGCGCUCAAUGCCAAGAUCACUAUGGAGCAGAACCAGAUCAAGCUUUCCAUCCCUGCCCCACAGGGCACCACAAAGUUGUUGAGAAUCAGCAAUAAAGUGCUGAUUGUGGGCGCUGGCCAGGCUACAAUUAUCCCACACACACAGGGUGAAUCAGACUGCAGCCCUCUCUUCUCUGGAGUCAAAUACUGCACCAAAACACUUCAUGCUGACACUGGUGACAAGACUGCUGUUCCUUACUUCCCCCUGAAUGGAGAGACCAAGUUUGCUAUAGACAUCAAGCCUACUAAAGAGGUCUCUGAGUACACAGCCACCAUCGCCUAUAAGCUCCUCAGCGAAGGAAAGGAUGGCCGCCAGAAGGUUGACUCUUUGAAAAUGACCCUGAGAGCUGAAGGUGCUCAGCCUACUGAGGCUACAGCCACCAUGAAAUACAACAGGAACAGGAAUGUCUUCACCACUCAAAUCCAGAUACCCGACUUUGAUGUUGAGGCUGGCGUAAAGGUUGGCAUGACCGACAGCAGCGCCAAAGGCAAAUCCAUUAGCCUGGAGAUCUCCAACAAAAAUGUGCCUCAGCUAUCUCUGAUUGGCCGUGCCAAGUUUCAGGCCAUGUCUGAUGGCAUGCUGCAGGUUCAGCUGUUAGUCCCCUCACUCAAGACUGAUGCUGCCAUCACUGCUACAAUGAGUAAGACUGAUGGACUCACCAUGGAGAUCAAAAGUGAUGUCAAGCUCCCAGAGACCUCUUCCAUUCAGGCAGUCACAUUCAAAUAUGGUGAAGACCAGGCUGAGGUUCAGCUGAUAUCCAACAUGAAUGCUGAUACUAAGAUCCUGGUGCCUUACACUGAAGCCCUCCAGGCCUGGCUCAGGCAGUUUGUGGAGGAUGUCAUGGACCAGCAUGUUAUCAAGACUGAUAUGAAAAUGCGUCAUAUCUUCAACAAGGCAGUUGAGGCCAACAAUAUCUGGAUGGACAAGAUUACAACUGAUGUUCCCUAUGUUGAGACUCUGAGGAACAGUAUAGCAGAGGUGGAAAUGCCUUCCAUGCCUGAAAACCUAUUCAUGAACCUUGAAAGCACAUUCAGAUACCAGUUCAACGAGGACCAUUUCACCAUCAAUAUCCCUCUGCCUCUCGGAGGCAAAUCAUCUCAGGAGCUAAGGAUACCUCCAAUGGUCACCUCCCCUCGAAUCUCCUUGCCCCAGGUAGACCUGGAGCUUGCCCCAAGGGAGAUCCAAAUCCCCACUUUUACCAUCCCCUCUGAAUUUGAUCUCACCCUGCCUCUGAUGGGAAUGAUCGAAGUGUCUGCCAAGGUCAACAGCAACUAUUAUAACUGGGAGGCAACGGCCUCUGCUGGCAACAACACCGCUGACUCUCCUAGCUACCUGGCCAAGUUCAGUGUCAUGGCUGACAGCCCAAUCAAACUUCUCUCCUUCUCAACUGAGGGAGCAACAAAAAUCACCGAGACAACAGAGAAAACUAUGAAAUUCACCGUUGAUGGUUCCCUGAACAACAUACUCAUCAACACAGGUUUUAAUCUGCUGGAAACCAUCGCUGUCACAGACAAUGUACUAUCAACAGGAAGGUACAACAUCUAUGCUAUCACCCCUCUGGGUCUGGACACUUCUCUGACUUUUACCACCCAGUUCAACCUAGACUCAAACAUGCUCUCUGGAGACAUCAACACAGAUGGAAGAGUUUCUGUUGGACCCAUGACUGCUAGCACCACCUAUCUCCACACCUUCUCUGUUGAGCCAGCGAAGAAAGAAGCAAGACUGGAGAGUACACUGAGAGUUAACUCUGAAUUCCUUAAGGUUGUGAACAAGGUCAAGGCAUCAUAUGCAAAAGAGGAACUUCUGAUUGAGUCUAACACCAAUAUGAACAGUGACCGCAUCAAGCACACCACCAAAACGAGCCUUAGCUACAAGGAUGUCAAGCUUACCAUCCAGUCUGACUCUGUGACUAAGGCUAAUGAAAGAGUGCUUCGUAGCCAGAUGGAGUUAUCUGCUACUGGAGGACAGGCCAGCCUCAGGAUAGAGAAUCAAGCUGAUGAUACACAGAACCGUGUCUACUCUCUGCUCACUGGGUCCAUCAACCCCUCCGGCUUGGAGAUCAACACCGAUGCCUCCAUGAACAUCUUUUCAAGCCUUGCGUCUCACAAGGCAACCUUGGCCCUGAACAUGAAUGGCCUGACCACCAGCUGUACAACAACUGCUCAGCGCAGCCCAAUGACCUUUGAGAAUGUUUUCCAUGGUGGAGUUGACUCCUCUGGUGCUACCAUGUCUCUCACCACCAAGGCAGCCAUUAAAGAGAACAAAGCUGAGCUCAGUGUUGAGGGAAAGAUUGUAAGCACAGAAGUCUAUUUCAAUGGCAUAUUUGAGGGUAACCUCUUUGACAUCAACACCAGGAACAGAAUGAACCUUAGAGUGAAUGAAGAUGGCCUGAUUCUCUCCAACAACAUGGUUGGAUCUUUCAAUGAGAUGAGGACUGAAAAUACCCACUCACUAUCUCUUGGACUGAGAUCUUUUACCCUCCGCUCCAAGACUGACAACGUACUUGACAAGAGGAACUCCUACAUGCAUGACAUUACUGUUAACAUGGAGCGUUUUAUCGCCUCAGUUAUUGUAAAAAAUGACCUGAAGAUCAUGGAGAUCAACUUUGUGAAUGAUGCACAGUUCAAGGCAGAGCCCUACAACAUGGAGCUGACUGGAACAUUGAUGGGAGUUUUCUCAGAGGAAGAGCUCAAGCACACUUAUGAAAUCAAGUUUGUUGACAUGGUCCUGUCUGCAAACUGCAAUACCAACGGUAAACUCCUGGGAUCUCACAUGACACAUACCACUGAUAUGGAGGUUGCUGGUCUGACCAUGAAGUUCAACAAUGUGGCUAACUUCAACUCACCAUCUCUUCGUUUGGAUAGCACAGUCAAAACUGCUGCUGCACCCUUCACUCUGAACAUUGAUGCCAUUUUCAACUCGGAUGGUGGAGUGUAUCUGUAUGGACAACAUAGCGGCGAAUUGUACAGCAAAUUCCUCCUGAAGGCAGAACCCCUUCUGUUCACGCAUUCAUUUGAGUACAGAGCUUCAACCACCCAUGAACUGGAAGGCAGACCCACUAUCAAGACCAACAUGGAGAACAAGUUCAAUAGCAUGCUUAGCCUACAAGAGCAAAGUGUCACACUGAAGAUGAAAUCCAAAGUAAACGAGCACACUUUUGAUGAAGAAAUGAGUGCUUAUAACAAUGCAGAGAGACUGGGUAUUGAGAUGGGAGGAGCAGUCUCAACAUCCCUCUUCAGUGGGGCCAGUCAAGAUUAUGCCAUCUCUGGAUUUGUAAAAUAUGACAAGAACAGUGACAGCCACUUCGUCCAGAUCCCAUUCAUUGAGCAGCUUCCUGCAUUCAUUGAAAAUAUAAGGACCACAAUGAUGAGGCUGAUGGACCACAGCAUUGAGAUGCUGAAAGACAUUGACAACAAGUAUGAGAUCAGUGUCAAGCUGCAGAACAGAGUGUCAGAACUGAAGGAAAUCAUUGACAACUUUGAUUUCAACAUCUUUGUCCAAUACUUGAGAACGUUUAUCGGCUCAAUGGAAAAUGUCUUGACCAACCUGACAGCCAAGUUCCCAACUGACAAAAUCAUGAAUGUGCUGAAAUCCAUCAAGGACACUGUCAUAGCUUGGCUCAAGAGGCAUAAUAUUGCAAACAAGUUCAAUGUAAUUUAUGUUAAAAUAGAAGAAAUCCUCUCCAGCUAUGAGGUUGAGAAGAUGAUUGGGGCCAUCAUGGAUGAGGUUGUUAAAAUUAUGAAACAGUAUCAGGUGAGGGAAAAGAUUCAGUCUGCACUUACUGCUCUCAAAUCAAUUGAUAUCCAACCUUUGCUCAAAAAUGCUAUGGUACCUAUUCAGGGGCUUGUGAAUCAACUGUAUUCCUUUGACUUCAAACAACUGAUUGAAGACAUGAGUGACUAUUUCAUGAGAAUGGUACAGCAAAUCAGAUCUUUUGAUUAUGACACAUUCACUAUGGAGCUGAAAGAGAAGGUGGCAGAUAUGACCAAAAUUCCCUGUUUUGGCAAACUCUACGGAGAGUUCAUGGUCACAUCACCUCAUUACAAAUUAAGGACCACUGCUGACCUGGAGAACACCACAACUACAUCAGUCACACCGGAGUUCAAAAUGAACCUUAACUCACAGGCUACAUCUUCUUUGAGAGUCCUUGACUUCACUGUGGAUGCCAGUGCACAUUUUGCAGCGCCCAAGAUGAGUCGUCUGUCCAUCUCUGAGAACAUCAACAUUUACCAGUCAUGUUUCACACUUGACCACAAAGGAACAAUGACUCUCUAUGGUCUGUCAGCUCAAGCUUCUGCUGAUUCUACUGCAAAGGUAACAACUGAGCUCUAUGUUGCAGAGCUUGUCAACAAUGCAUUCUUUGCCGUGGAAGAUGGAGUUUCUGCCACUGUAGAGACUGGCUACAAACACGACCUCAACAUGCCACCCGUCAACAUCUUCAGUGAAACAUCGAUGAAACAAAAGACUGUUUUCCUGCUUGAGGCUGGCACUGCCCGUCUGACCUUUAACAAUCUGGCCAAUGUGAAAUACGCAGUUCAGGACCUCUCAGAUGAGGCAAGCCACAAGACUGACAUGGAGGUGGUCAUGGAUCUCCACACAGCCAAAGUUACUUUCACUGGAGAAACAGGCUGCAGCCACUUCAAAAUGAAUCAAAAUGUAGUUGCUGAUAUUUGCAUUUUCCGGCACGUAAUUAUUGAUGCUAAGGUUGAGACAGAGACACCUUUCAUGAAGGGUAGUGUUGCACAGGUCAAGUUCCAGGCUAAGGUUGAAGACAUGAAAAUUGACUUCAUUGCCUCUCACAAUGCAGAGCUGAUUGGACAGGUGGAAGGAACUCUCUCAAGUUCUGUCCUGGCUUUGAUCACACCUAAUGAGCUUAUGUUUGACACCAAGAACAAGGGAAAUGCCAAGGCUGCCCUUCCAUUCAAGCUGUCUGGAAAGGUGGAUCUCCAGAAUGACAUCGCUUUUACCCUUAACUCUAAUGUUCAGCAAACUAGCUGGACAGGCCUGGCUAGAUUCAACCAGUACAAAUACUCCCAUUACUUCACCAUGGAUAAUGGUGAGAGCGAAAUUAACAUAUUUUCCCAGAUUAAUGGAGAAGCAAAUCUGGAUGUACUGAAGGAACCUAUCACCAUUCCUGAAAUAACAGUGCCAUUUGUUGGUAUGAGAACACCACGAGUGGAAGACUUCUCACUGUGGGAAGAUACUGGCCUGAGCUACCUCCUAACCACAACUCAGCAGACAUUUGACAUGAACGCCAAGCUGAAGUACAUGAAGAACCCUGAGGUGAUCACCAUUGACAUCAAUGUGGAUCCAAUCAUCGAUGUCAUUAAUACCAACAUCAACACUCUGCACAAGAAAGUGCUCAUUGGCAAAGAUAAGGCUGCUGCCAUCCUUGCUACAUCUUACAGCAAAGCAAAGGCAGAGUAUGAAAAAUAUAACAUUGAAUUUCCCAAAACCAUUACAGUGCCAGCCUACAAAGUUCCAGUGAUGAAUGUCGAGGUGUCUACAUUUAGCAUUCCCUUGCCCGACUUCACUCUCAUCACAAUGCCUUCUCUGCAUGUUCCAUCUGCCCUAAGCAAGCUAACUCUUCCAAAAAUUACCCUACCCAAAAUUCAGGGCAUCAAAAUCCCAGUAAUGGGUGAUCUGAGCUAUGAGUUCUCAAUGAAAACAGCAGUGAUCACACUAAAGACUGAUGCCAGUAUCCUCAACCAUGACAGCAUCAUGAUCAAACUUGAUGCUUCCUCAUCCUCUGAAUUUGAGAUUCUGACUGGUAAAAUUGAGGGCAACACCAACCUGAACAAAGCUGGUGGAUUCAAAAUGGCCUCUGUCCUCUUGGUAAAACAUUCAAUGGUAGAGGGAAACCAUGAGAGUACCAUCAUUUUAAAUGGCGAAAAUGUGGAUACCACCAUCACCAAUUCAGCAAAGGUCAAUCUACCUGAGCUGAAAAUGGAAAUCUACCAGGAGAUUACUGGAAAUCCUGUUGAAGGCCUUGUUUUCUCUAUGUCUACUCCAUCUGCUGGACUCAUUGCAGUUCAGAUGCAGACUAAACGCCCAGCACAAGUCAAAGCAAGACUCUAUGGUCGCUACCCGUCUGAGCCAACAACAGACAUUGAUAUCUUGGGUCUGAAGAUGUCUGUGAAGAACUCUGAGAAGCUGAACAUUCAGACAACCUGGAAUAUGGAGGUGCCAUAUGAAAUGAUGCAGGGAUUGAAGAAACGGGCACCCACAGUUGUGGAAAUGGUGUCCGAUCGUGCUGCCAGGUCAUAUAUUGAAAUCUACAACCAUGCUAGAAGGCUUGGGGAUUCCAUUGAACAGGCUGGAAAGCAGGGUAAAGUGUUGUUGAAGAGGGCUGUUGACAACCUUGUAGCAGUAAAUCCUUCUGAUGUUAUGACAGCUGUCACAGAUAAAACAAUUUUGAUCCUCAAAGAGUACCAAAACAAAGUUGACAUUGUUCUUGAUGCUGUUGUUAAAUUCCUGAGAGAAACCAAGUUCCAGAUCCCUGGGUAUGAACAGAGGAUGUCUGGGCUUGAGAUCUACCAGAAAUUUAGUGCUUUUGUUGCCGAUAUAUCUGAGGAAGCUGUUCAAAAGAUUCCAGAGUAUUUUGCCUCCAUGUUUACAUCAGUCCUUGAUUAUUUCCAAGCCAUUGAAUUCACCCUCCCUGGCUCUAACCACAUUGUGAGUGGAAGAGAAAUUCUUGAUGAUUUGUCUGUAGUUCUGAGGAAAAUCAAGAACCAAGUGAUUGUCACUGUGAGGAAACUGAGGGAUAUCCAGUUGGAAGACAUCAUUAAGGAAUUCUCAGCAUUCAUGCAGUUUACCACUGAACAAAUUGAGAAGCUUCUCGAAACCCUAAAAUCACAGAAUGUAGAGCAGCUCUCUACGUUUGUGAUCAAUGUGUACAACAAUGUCAUUAACUCUCCUAUCCUGUCUGAUGUUACCAAGCAGGUUGAAGAGGCCUGCAGAAUUGUUAUGGAAUAUCUCAAGGCUGUGAGAGCUAAACUCCAGAACAUUUUGGCCAACAUGUCUAGUGAACAGCUUCAAGAUGACAUCCAGUCCUGGAUUGACUCAUUGGUAAAACGUGCGAACGCAUUCCAAAACAGUGUAAUUAAGACUCUUAUGGACAAAAGCAGAAAUGUUGAACCCAUUGUGAGAGUCAGUGACAGACAGAUCGAGGUUGACAUUCCUUUACCAUUUGUUGCCGAAUUCAACUAAUUGACCAUUGCUAAAAAAAAAUAUACAAUACAUGUUUGAAUAGAUUUUAUCUGUUGUGUAACCAUCAAGACAACUGUAAAUGUGUUCUACCAAAAAAUACAUAACUACAUGCUAACAAGUGUUGUCUGUACCCAAGUUGCUUGUCUCUCCACUCUGUUUUUCAACUUAUUAAUUUUGUUUAUUUAGUAGACAGUACGCUCCCAUCACUUGUUGUGAUCCUACUGUGCUUCCUUUGUGUCUUGUACUAUUUAAAAAAAAAACACUAUGUGGGCCUCAAUAAAGACAGUUUGUACUGCAUGCACCUCUGUGCAUUUCUUACAUAUAAAAUAAAUAUGUAAAAACGUAACUUCUUGGAAGGCUUAUAGAGUAAGAGUGUAUUCCUCCAAGAUGGUGUUAUGAUGUAUAAAGUGGCAUUUUCCUGACACAAAGCACUUUAGUUUUAAUCAAAGCUGCUUUCCUAAAGCUCACAAAUAGGUAAUCAUUUAAAUAACACAGUCACGAUAUGGCAUCAUUUUUAGAUGUUUUCUUUUUAUUUUUAUACACCCCUGUCAUAUGUCCAUUAAUCAGUUUUAUCCUCAGAUAUAAAUUUAGCAGUGACACAAAUAGCUUCUGUGACACACAAGCUCCUUGAUCAUAACACAAUGAGAAUGAGAGAGGAAUACAGUCAGUUUGAAAAUUGUUGUUAACAAUAGUAAAAGCCAAGCCCUAAAAUUUAUUCCCCCUUUGGAAUAAAUGAAUUAAUUUUUCAGAUGUGUAAUCCAAAGCAGUGGUGAAAGAAGUAUUCAGAUCCUUUACUUAAGUAAAAGUAGCAAUACAAAAUUGUAAAAAUAAUUCAUUACAAGUCCUGUGUUUAAAAUCUUAAUUAAGUAUGAAAGUAUUAAUCAGCAAAAUGGUAAGGUAUCAAAAGUAUUCAAUAAAGGGAAAGGUCCCAGUAAUAAUCAGCAUAAUAUCUACUAACUAUAGCUACCAGAUAAAUGUACUGGAGUAAGAAGUACAAAUAUAUGAAGAAUAAAAUAUCCUACAACGGAAAUCCAGUACAAGUACCUCAAAACUGUACGUAAAUAUACUUAGUUACGUUCCACCACUUAAAGUUUCGGGUAAAUGUAUCCUGCCAAUAGCAGAAAAAAAAUCAUGAAUAUAAGUGAUGAUUGCAUUCACAAAAUAUACCAACCAAGUUCAUAUACUUGUCAAUAAAUAUAUAUUUUUUCUAUCAAGCAUGUUGAAGGUAAUGGCAGCUGGAACAGCACAAUAACAAUUGGUAUCUAGUGUGAAAAAAUGAGGCAGAAGAAUGGAAAAGUCGAGAUGGUGACACACAUUGAUUUCUUUUAUUGAGUUUCCCAAAACAGAACCACUUGUUCCCUUACAUUCUGUGUUGUUAUUCCUCACAAAAAUUUCCACUGUUUGCUAUCUGCCAUUCAAACCUAGAAAGUAUUGCGUAAUUACAUUAAUGUGGUCAUAAAUUUGAUAUUCUUAUAAACAGAUAGGUUUGGCACAUCUUCAGC